AACAGUCACCUAAGCUGCCAUUACGCCUAUCAAAGAAAUUUGACGUUCAACUUAGAUUACACUAGGCGCAUGCUCCUGCAUUACACUGCAGACUUGGUCAGCACUAGCUGUCUCCUAGGCGCAUACUACGAGUUUGCUGGAUACAGUCUAUGGAUCUUCGGUCCCCGGACAUUGGAAGGCAAGAUCGAUUUGACAAACAAGCAGUUUCGGUAGACCAAAAGCGGAUUCGAUACAAGUGCAACAGCCAUUCAAGCCAAAGACUAUAGAGAUUUUGUUCGCGACUUUUAAAGCAUUCCGGAGAGAAAAUAGCAUUGCUGACUGCUGGAAUGAUGGCGCCUACGCACCCGCCUUCUGGUGAAACGCAAAAUCCUUGGCCGCCACCUGAGAAUGCUGAUGGCGACAUGAGUACACCAAAAGACUUCGCGCUGUCCUCACCAGAGCACCACGAUUUUGAUCCUUUUGAUUCAUUUGACAAUAUGGAGGAUUUGAUGUCCUUUGGCUCGCCAUCUCGUGGAAUCUCCACUGAUUUAAUAUCAGAUCUACGCCCGUCAGCAAUAGAUGGUGGAUUUGAUGAUGGGGAGAACGAUCCUGCCGAUUGGAGGCUGCACAAUACCGUUAACGCGGUGCACAUGGAGUUGCAGGAAAACGCUAAAUUGCCGACGUUCAACUGGCACGUCGAUCGGAAGGGUUCUAGCCAACCAGCCGAAUCGCGGAGGUAUGGGGGACGCCACAAAAAUAAUCGAGAUAUUGAGUCUUCCGACCUUCCUCCUACUGUGAAUUUGACAGAAAUGUUUUUGAAAACACCUCAUCGAGCCUCGAUGAACGCAGUCUAUUCUCAUGCUGGAGUCUUGUCCAUGGAUACCACCACGGCUGGGUUCCUGUAUGGCUCGCAGACAACGGCGAUGAGCGAAGCACGGCCAAGCAUUUUAAACGAAACACAACAAGAAAUAAAGCAUUCUUAUCCACAUCAUUCUUUGGAAGAGGAACAAGAUAAACUGGACGAGCUGAUAGCGGAAGUCGCACCGACACCGCUUUCAGAAAUUUGUCGCCGCCAUGAGGAUUAUGCAGCGCAUCAUCUACCGCCUACGACCGAGACCAGUUCGAGCGCGAACAUAAGCAACAACUCGCGGAACAGCCAAUACUACAACACCUACGGAGGUCGAUCAAACCAGCUACCAAUUCCGACAAAAAACGCCAGUCCCCCCUUAACACCCAUUGCCGCUACAACCGAUACAAUAAAACGCUCUUGCAGCAACACGGUAGAGGAACAUGUAAGUUUGAGCACAAAAGCUGUGCUAGCAGCCUCUGGCGCAACAGACGCGACAAUAAGUCAGGCACUGGCAACGGCAGCUGCGAUCGUAUCUUCUUCCAAAGAAAAGGCUGUCACACCAAGACAACAGGUGGAGUCAUCCGCUCCGUCUUUUGGAGUAACGCAUCGCAAUACACUUGCACCCGACUCGCACGGCCAAGCUCACAGCUUCCCCCGUGGUGCGAUUCAGCAUGCAUCAAUGCAGAAAGCGCAGUACGGAUUCGGGAACAAUCACGUAAUUCCGGCAGUUCCUCAUCCACCAAAGCACAAGAAAAGCUCAGCUUCUUCAACUCGCUUAAAAACUGAAUCGCCUGCUCCCUCUUCACAUGCGAGUAACGACGGUAACGCUGGUGUAGCUUACGAGCGCAAAAAGCAAAGGGCCAAGGAUGCACGGAUAAAAUUAAACGACGCGAUCGAAAAGCUGUCGGUUGCCAUCAACUUGGCCGGUACACAGUCUAAACAGCGUCUCUCGCAAUGGAAGGCUGCAGCAGCGAUAUCCGACACUGUUACAUCUUCUGCAUGUCUAGAUAUUAUGGUGGAAGGAAUGGAGAUGGCAGAGUCAGCCAAAAAAUGGGAUCGGCCGAGUUUUGUGGGGUCGGCGGCUGUUCUGAUUCAAAACUUGAAUUCGCAAUGUGAAGCGCUUAUGAAAGAGCUUAUGGAAGUAUACGAGCACCGCGGCAUAAAUGGCGGCGUUCAGAUAGAGAAAAAUUCAUUAUCGAGCCAAAACCGUGACAAGUGUCUCUCAGCUGCUGAGCCACUGUCAACUUCUCCCACUGACUCAAAGCCACAUUUGGACGGUCCGGUACGGACUCCAGAUUGUGAUGUGCUUGAGAAGAGACCGGCUAAGAAUUCGACCUACGGGGACUCCUCGGAUCAACUGAAUGCCAAAAGACAAAAAACCGAUUAUACCGUGUCAUUGCUGGAACCUUCCAGAAGCAGCAUUGCAUGCUCAAUGAGAACCAUCGAUGCACAAUCUGAUUCGUCAAAGACGAAUGUUGCGCAAGCUCCGACUGGCAACAGUACCAGGGUAUCGGAUUCGAACGAAAGCUAUCGAAGUUCAGCGAAUAUUACCUAUGAAGGCAAUUUUUGGGACUUUGAUAGCUUAUUGGGGACCAUGGCUUCCUUCCUUGAUCCACUCUCUUUGGUGAGGUCUCAGCUCGUCUCCCGAAGAUGGAAUGAAUCGGCAAUUUUUUCGAAGAAUGAAUAUUGGGAACGGUUGGCUACGGAGAGGUUUGGCUUUUAUAGUGUCAGGCAAUGGCGUGCUCGAAUGGAAGAUGAAGACACGCAUGUCACUGCGCCUAGCAAAACAUUAUAUCGUGUCAUGGACAAUGCCAAUGUUAUGCCACAUUUCUAUCAUGAUGGUAUGUUCUUACUUGGUGAAGCGCGGUUACCGGGCAAAGUUAGUGCUUGGACUUUUCUCGUGGAAAGAAGUAACGGAGAGACCUUGCGAAGCGUCAUGCGUAACGCCGCAUCUCAAACAGAUGGGUUGUAUACUUCACUGCCAAUCGUUGAGCUGCGAACUGUGAUUCAGAACACGGGCGUUACUGGUGAACCUAUUCUGAUUCGUGAGCAAAUUCAGACCGUGGACGCGUCAACUCGGCGUCGUGGCGAAGAAAUGACAGAAGUCGAUUGGGACGAGCGUUUUAAAAAGAGAGUGUCGGAGCUUGAUGGUACGGCAUACCAGUCCAAGACUGUGACGACUGCGUUCGCAAUAGGGGAAUUGUGUCGUCUCAAGCUAUUCGAAUCUGCUGUAGUUGAGUCAUACAUACAUGCGAGGGGCUGCUCAACGACAUCCAAAUUUUUGCAAAGAGCAAAUUUUACAAAGGUCCUCGUUGGACUGAGCUCAGGGGUAACGAUUCCGUUAGUGAUACCAUUUCCUAGAGAUGCAACGCAUCUGCACCACUAA